AUGGAUUCAAAAAGUGAAGCAGUUAAAUUAUCUGCUGAAGAACUUAAAAAUAAGGGUAAUGAAUGUGUUAAAAAUGAGAAAUAUAUAGAAGCUGUCCUACAUUACACACAAGCAAUAAAAAUGGAUCCUAAUAACUAUGUGUUAUACAGUAACAGAUCAUUUGCAUUUCUCAAAUUGGAUCAACAUUAUCUGUCUCUACAAGAUGCUAAUGAAACCAUAAAACUACAACCACACUGGGCAAAGGGUUACUUUCGUCGGGCUGAAGUUGAAGCUGCUAGUGGAUUGUAUGAUGAGGCUAUUAUAUCCUACACACGAGCCUUACAGCUUGAACCUCAUAAUACUAAGUUAAUGGAGUUUAUAAGAGAUGUUACUGAACUACAGAAAAAUAAUUUAAAGGGCAGUCAAAAUGUGAUCUGGAUCUGUACAAUAGUGGGACUUAUUAUAGGUAUUGGAGUGGUCAUAUUGGAUUAUACAUUGACAGCAAAUCCAACAUUGAUAAAUCCAAUAAGUAUGGUAGCCUUUUCAAUAGCUCUUUCUGGAGUAGGAUUUGCAAUAGGAAAAACAUCAACACUUAUGACUGCUUGGAGUGCAGGAAAAUCUUUGCAGCCACCACCUGAUUUAGCUACAAAUGAACAAUCUGAAAAAGAAAAUGUACUGCCAGAGAAGAAAAAAUAUAGCAAGGCACAGGCCAGGCAUAGGUUUAAACAGGGGAAACAACUUUAG